CCUAGCCAAAGGGGAGCUGCGACGUGAUUGGCAGCCGUCUCGAGCGCUGUCGUCUCGAGCGCUGUGGUUCAUACACAUUGCUCAGCACGAACGGCAUCGCUGCGCUAGUGCGAUGCCACGCCAAUUGCCGCCGGAGCUGAUCCUGCAGGUUGGACAGUAUGGGGACUGGCGCGGUGUCGUGAGUCUGCAGCGCGUUAGCAAAAGCAUCCGCGCGUUGCUCGCCAAGGACACGAAUCCCGAGCAGAAUAUCAUCUGGCGCCACUGCGUGCAAGACCGCUGGGACUGGGUGCGUCAGGACGACGCGUGGCUAGCCACGCUCGGCAACUGGCGGCGCGCGUACGCGUACCUGCGGUGCGUCGGAUUCGUCGCACGCGCGUCGAAGUACGAGAAUGACGAAGGUCCUUUCAGUCCUAGGACGCCGUCGCUGCGGGCCUCGAGGCCGCAGCAAUAUCUCUGUGUCCCGUCUGCUCCAAUGUCGCUGGUCGAGGAAUGCGCCGCGUCGGAGGAACCGCUGGCCGAGGAGGAGUGUAGCUGGUGUCGGAAAUAUCAACCCACACUGCGCAGAUUUACUACGGCGUACGUGCGGCCGGGGUUUCUCCCGUUUUCUACGGCGUACAUGUUCGAUCAUCCGGGGUUUCGCCCGGGAAAUUACGUCUGGGAGGCGAAGUUCACGGUGCACGCGCCCCGCGGCGUGCUUUUGGGCGUCGAAACGGAGUGGGGACGGUGCUUCUACUUUGACAUUGGGAACUGCCUCGGCAGGGUGAUGGGCAGAGAUGAUGCAAUCAUAAUCGACGAAACUGGACCAAUCAUGGGUAUGGAGGGGCCUUGGUUUCCGUAUCUGCCCCCUGCCGACUCGCCGACGAGGGACCCGGCGCGACUGGUCCUCGUCGUCGACCUGUGGACACGCUCGCUUAGUCUCCACGCCGACCAUGGUACGUACCAGGCCCACGUUUCCUCGCUGGGCCCUACACUCUGGGCGCCUCACAACCGCGUGCGUCUCUUCGUGGCCUUCCCGCGUGAGCCGCUUCCAGAAAAUCCGGCCCCGGGGGAAGCCGGGUAUCUGUUUGGGGAUCCCAUCUGGGACGAGCCAUUUGGGUCAAGCCCCCGUUUUGGGUCGUCAAUGACAUGUGGGACGGGCGAGUGGGCCGACGGGGGGCCUCGCGGUCACGCCUUCCUGCACAGCAUCUGCCCGGUCCCGCGAUAA